AUGCCCGGAAUACUUAACGAGCGAUCGAUUCCCGUCCUUGCCGCGUUGUGGACGCUCACGCUCGUCCUCAUCGUGCGGGGAACUCGCGUGGAGGAAGGAUCUGCGUUGGGCAUCGACUGGGCUCGUCUCUGGCUGCUGUUCACUCGAAUCAACCCUUACUUCUUUUCCGCCCUCGGUAUCGCCGCCGCGGUCGGACUUAGCGUUGCGGGCGCGGCGUGGGGGAUCUUUAUCACGGGAAGCACCUUGCUCGGAGCUGCGGUGCACGUGCCUCGCAUCACAAGCAAAAACUUGAUCAGCGUCAUCUUCUGCGAAGCGGUUGCGAUUUACGGAGUCAUCAUCGCCAUCAUCCUGAGCACAAAAUUGAGUGAUGUUCCUCGCGAUCCGGAUACCGGGGCGUAUCACCCGUCAACGAUGAUGGCUGGAUACGCAGUGUUUGCGAGCGGUUUGACGUGUGGGCUGGCGAACUUGGUGUGCGGGAUAUGCGUGGGUGUGGUUGGUAGUUCUUGUGCGCUUGCGGACGCCGCGAAUCCGGCGCUGUUCGUCAAAAUUCUGGUGAUUGAAAUUUUUGGCAGCGCUCUCGGUCUAUUCGGCGUUAUCGUUGCCAUCAUCCUCAGCUCAAAUGCUGUGUUCGAGAAGGUGUAG